UGCGGUAGCCCUGAGGUGUUGGAGGAUGUGGUGAGGGAGAUCGAGGCAGAAGUGCAGAGAAGAAAGCAGCUAAUCCAUCAGUCGGCAGAACGCAAAGCCAUCAUCGCCAGCCGUUACAAACGAAAACACCCCGAAGUGUAUGUUCUUCAGGUAGACACUGGGUUUGAAAUCUAUUUUGAACCCAAGGAGCUGGCUGAGGGUUUGUUUUUGCAGUAGGGAGCCCUCUUGUCAUUGGGAUUGUGCGCAGUUCUAGAGCUGUGGCAGCCUGGCUCAUUCUCCAGGCAGGAUUCCGCCAGGUUUGUAGCCGGAUGAGGGUCGUUCGUUGUUAAAGCUGCACCAGCACCCGGUACUCAGCUCAGAAUACCAUCAGUAAUUUGGAUCUGAAGCAUCCCUGCGGCACACAGGGUUAGUGAAGGCUGAGGGACAGCUACAGCAAUCCGGCUUUUAUGCCCAUAACUCACAGAGAAGUUCCGAGUUGCUCUCAGCUGGAGGCUGGCAGCCGGCUGCCUGCCUGUGUGCACCCCUCCCUGAGUUGCUCUGUUGUGCUGAGGCCAGGACAAGAUGUGAAAUCCUUUAGGAAUGACUUUGCAUUUAUCCGUUAGGUGUCCACGCUGUGAGUCAGGCUCUUUCCCAUCAUGUGAAGGAUAAAUCUGGUCGGUUAUAUUUAGAAAUACUCACAGACUACAGGAAAACACAAUUUACUAAACCACUAAAAACACCAGUAUCGUUUUCUGCCACAAAAGUAACCCAAGUCUCACCAUCAGCCUUGCUCCCUAGACUCUAUAAAGUUUCUAUGCCUUUGUGGAAGCCCGUUUCCCUCUGGGGCUGUAAAAGACAGCGCAAGCUAAUUGUGUGUCUGUUUGUAUUUGUCUUCCUUCCCUGGAUGCCAGGAUUCUUUCCUGGCCCCGGAAUUUUUAGAAAUCGUUAGCUACUGCACUUCACCAGAUGCUCAUCUCGAUGGCCUCCUGCGCUACACCGAGUCCUUCUCAGAGAAAAAUGUGCGUGCAGAGCUCUGCUCUCCAGAGCUUCUCAGAGCAUUUCCGUGGCACCUACAGCAGGCAUUUAAAUCGGUGCCAGGGCUCGUAACUGGCUGGAGAAGCCUGGAAGCAAGGGCCCAGCGUGCAAAAUAACAAAUCCAUCCCAGAGCCGAUCCUCAGGACCAGUGCCAAUCCUCUGAGCAGCUGGAGCACGACGCGAAGUGUGUGGGUGCUGCGUUCUCACCAACAUGAGCACAGUCUAGCUCGGCAGCACAACAGCCAAGCACACCCCUGCCUGUUAUUUCCCCAGCUGUCUCCCUUCUCUUGGCAGAUAAGAGGAUCUAUCGGCUGCCAGUGUUCACGGAGGAGUUCUGCCGAGCCUUUGUUGAGGAGCUGGAGAACUUUGAGCAGUCGGACAUGCCGAAGGGCAGGCCCAACAGUAUGAAUAACUACGGGGUCUUGCUCAACGAGAUAGGGAUGGAUGAAAACUUCAUCACGCCCCUGCGGGAGAAAUACUUGCGGCCCAUAACGGCUCUGCUCUACCCUGACCUGGGGGGCGCCUGCCUGGACAGCCACAAGGCGUUCGUGGUCAAGUACGCGCUGCACGAAGACCUGGAUCUCAGCUCCCACUACGACAACGCAGAGGUCACCUUAAACGUUUCGCUGGGGAAAGACUUCACAGAAGGCGGCUUGUACUUCGGGGAUUUCCGGCAGGAUCCCAGCCCCGUGCCGAGCUACAUCGAGGUCGAACACGUGGGGACCCAGGGGCUGUUACACAGAGGAGGGCAGAUCCACGGGGCGCUCCCCAUCGCCUCGGGGGAGCGCUGGAACCUCAUCGUCUGGAUGAGAGCCUCGGCCAUCCGCAACCGGCUCUGCCCCAUGUGCAACCAGAAGCCCGAGCUGGUCGAAGCAGAGGGGUUCGGAGACGGCUUCACGGAAAGCGCUGAGGACGACGUGCCCGAGACUGUGGAUCUCUGUUCGCUGUGGUAGCAGGUGCUAGGGCACCAUUUCUCUGGACCAAGUUGCCUGAAGCUGCUUUCUGCCCUCUCGGGCUGCUCUGACAGACGCUGGUGGAUGCGUGAGUUGUGUCAGAAGUCACUGUCACCUUGCUGGGGAUGCAGAACCAGUCCUGCCUGGGCUGGGGAAGCCGCCUGCGUCCCCUGCUGGUACUCAGCCAGGUGAGGGCUCACCCCCAGCGUGGUGGGGGGAUGCUUGGAAGGUGUAGAAAGCCUUCAGGUGGAGUCACCGCAAGGGCUCUGGGAAUAUUUCAGGGGUACAGGAAAAAUAACUGAAGCUGCUUGGCCUUUGUGGAGGCCUCUGUGCCAACAGCAGGGUUGCAAGGCUCUGUAAAUGGGAAAGACCAGUGCAAUAAAACCACAUAACCCGCAGAAACAGUGCAAUAAAACCCGAAAUUUGCCA